GGAACUGUUGGGAUUUGGUCUAUCAAUUGAUGUUUGGUGCUGGAGUGCACUUUUAUGAACAGAGUCCAUAUAUUGGUUCAUUGAACGAUGAAUCUUGUUCUUCAGACAUUCAAAACGGAUGGAAGUGGGAAAGGUUCUCGGGAAAAGUUAUAAAACAACUUUCCUCUCUUCAAGUCUCUUCUUCCUCUGACCCAGAAUACGGCACAGCAGCAGAAGAAACUUCAGAGUUUGAGGCACCUUUUGCUUGGGAUGGCGCAAUUGUUAGCCUACAUGUCGAACUUAAACAACCUUUACUGUUUGAUUCUGAACGAAAUGAGUUUAGCUGGCUAAAAGCUUGGAGACUGCCAGAAAUCAGAGUACAUUUAAGAAGGACCAUCGAGCCUUGGAAAGAAAGUACGAUUAAGGUCAUGCUUGUUUGUGCAAGUAACACUUGGCCCUUUUUUGAACAAGUAAAGUUGCUUGGAGACUGUAGUGCCCAGGCGGUUGGUGGAGAAUGUCGUUUUUCACGUCUACGCUUAACAACAACUAGUAGCAGCCUUGGAGGGCGCAAAUUUCACAUUGUCGUUGCAAUAUUUUCAUCGACAGCCAAAUGUGAAGCUGCGUUAAUUUCAAGUGGUUUUGCUGUAUAUUCGAGAAGUCAGCCUGAUAAAACGAAAAAAAGGACCCACUCAAAAACAAGUCCGGAAAACUCCAACAAAUCCUUUUACAGUCGCCUAUUUUCACCUGAUUUGUUCGAAAAGGAGUUCAUUAAAAAGUUUCGGGCACAAGGUCAAGAAGCAGUAGAUGAAGUUAUUGACAACUCAACUAUCGGACUUGUUCGUUAUUUUCAAGCAACAAACAUUCGCCAUAAAUGCAGGAAUCCUCUAUUUCUCGCAAUUCGAUUUUCCAACGUUUUAGCUAUUUCCAGGGACUCAACUAUUGUUGAGACAGAAAAUGAAGAUUCUUAUUGGUCAUUGUUUCAAGCUCUCGAUCUUUAUCAUCCUGUGGCAGCUUUGGGAAUACCUUUAUCUAUUCAUACUUCUCCUUCAGGAACUCCUAUUUGGUUUCUAUCCAUUCGCGAACCUCAAAAUAUGUCUAUGGAAAUACGAAAGUUUGUCACUGAAAAUGUGGGAACUUCCAGUCUAGGCCAUGUUGGUUUCGCAAAUGAUUUGUCGCUACUUCCUCCGAGAUUUAAAACUUUGGAGAAUGUACAGCAACUGAAAAGAGUCUACGAAAAAAUGUUUAUAUUAGAAAGUCGUUUAUCCAAUGUAUGUCAGGUGAAAAUGUUCCCAGAAAACAACGAAAACAUCACCGGUGUCUCUUUAAAGCCAAUGAAUCAAGAAUUGGAGGAAUCCUUAUCGGACGUUGAGAAUAAUUCCCAUGAAAAGAGUCCAAGUUCGGAAUCGGCUGUAUCUGAGAGAAACUUGUGUGGACAAGAUGACUUUGCCAAUUCAUUUUUAGAUAUUUAUCGCGAGCCUUGUAAUGUAGAGACAAAUGAGUGUUCAUAUCACGAGCAUAUUUCGAGAGACUUUAUUUGUUGGUUUCAACAAUUGCACAAGGACUUGAAGAAGAGCUUAGAGAAGAUGAAGCAUUAUGCCUCUCAACUGGUAAUGAAACCUAGCUUGGAAUCUUUUCAACAGUUGAAAGCAGUUUGCGAACGUUUUCGUCGUUCUCUUAGAAUUCACUCUUUUAUUGAAGAUCAUACUUUAUUUUAUGAAAUUGGAAAACGUUUGCCUGGGCUAGUAGAGGCUUAUCACUUGGAUCAUAAUAUGGAAAGUGGAGAGGUGAAGGCAAUCGUCGAUAUGGUAAAUACUUUUGAUCCGCAAUAUGCAGGAGAUCUGUUUCUUCGUAUCACAGGAUUUUCUUCUCAGUUUCUGUUUCAUAUGGAAAAGGAGGAAGAGCAUUUAGUACCAAGAUUGUUGAAUGUUAUGACUUCUGGGGAGCUUUCAGAUUUGUUUGUACGUUUGAGGAAUGAAAUUGCAAGCUUGGAACUGGACAGUGAGUAAAGUGGUCAUCAUAGUCAUCAUCGUGAUAGUUUGAGCCAAAAUGGUUAUAUUUGUGUGUUUUUGUUGGUUUUCUCAAAAGUUGUCGACGAUGACUGUAAUGAUUUUGUUAUGACGAAAGGAAUAUGAUGAUCG